AUGGCCACGACCGGAAGUUCCGCCCCGGAAGCGGGUCGGCGGGCGGGCGCUGAGAGGAGCCGGGGGGUGUCGGUCUAUAAGCCUUGCCCGUUCCGCUCCCUGGGGCUUCCCCGAGCGCCGUUGGUGGUCAUGGCUGCUCCAGCCUCCGGGCAGGUCCGACGCAGAGCCCGGGCAGCGCCGCGGCCCCGCAAGGCCGAGGACUGGUGGUGGGACCGGCUGGCGCCGAGGGGCUCGGGGUACCACCUGCUGCAGUCCGACAACAUGCUGCUGGUGCUGUCCGAACCCGGCCCCGCCCGGCCCCGCGCACAGCGACGCGCUGCCCGCCGCACUCCCCGGCAGCCGCCCCCGGGCCUCCGCGCCGCGGCCAAGCCCAAGGCCAGGCUCAGGCCCAAGCCAGCGCCCUCGCCCGCGGCCGCGCGCGCACCCGCACCUGCACCCACGCCCACGCCCGAGGAAGGGCAAGACGCGGGCUGGGGAGACCGCAUUCCCUUGGAAAUCCUGGUGCAGAUUUUCGGGUUGUUGGUGGCGGCGGACGGCCCCAUGCCCUUCCUGGGCAGGGCUGCGCGCGUGUGCCGCCGCUGGCAGGAGGCCGCUUCCCAACCCGCGCUCUGGCAUACCGUGACCCUGUCGUCCCCGCUGGUCGGCCGGCCUGCCAAGGGCGGGGUCAAGGCGGAGAAGAAGCUCCUUGCUUCCCUGGAGUGGCUUAUGCCCAAUCGGUUUUCACAGCUCCAGAGGCUGACCCUCAUCCACUGGAAGUCUCAGGUACACCCCGUGUUGAAGCUGGUAGGUGAGUGCUGUCCUCGGCUCACUUUCCUCAAGCUCUCCGGCUGCCACGGCGUGACUGCUGACGCUCUGGUCAUGCUAGCCAAAGCCUGCUGCCAGCUCCAUAGCCUGGACCUACAGCACUCCAUGGUGGAGUCCACAGCUGUGGUGAGCUUCUUGGAGGAGGCAGGGUCCCGAAUGCGCAGGUUGUGGCUGACCUACAGCUCCCAGACGACAGCCAUCCUGGGCGCACUGCUGGGCAGCUGCUGCCCGCAGCUCCAGGUCCUGGAGGUGAGCACCGGUAUCAACCGUAAUAGCAUUCCCCUUCAGCUGCCUGUCGAGGCUCUGCAGAAAGGCUGCCCUCAGCUCCAGGUGCUGCGGCUGCUGAACCUGAUGUGGCUGCCCAAGCCUCCAGGACGAGGGGCGGCUCCCGGACCAGGCUUCCCCAGCCUGGAGGAGCUCUGCCUGGCGAGUUCAACCUGCAACUUUGUGAGCAACGAGGUCCUGGGCCGCCUACUCCACGGCUCUCCCAACCUGCGCUUACUGGAUCUUCGUGGCUGUGCCCGCAUCACGCCGGCUGGCCUUCAGGAUCUGCCAUGUCGGGAGCUGGAGCAGCUUCAUCUGGGCCUGUAUGGCACGUCAGACCGGCUGACUCUAGCCAAGGAGGGCAGCCCCUUGUUGACCCAGAAGUGGUGCCAUACACUGCGAGAACUGGACUUGAGUGGCCAGUGGUUCAGUGAGAAGGACCUGGAGCAGGCCCUGGCUGCCUUCUUAAGCACCCCUGGAAGCUCACACCCAGCCCUGUGCUCUCUUAAUCUCAGGGGCACCCGGGUCACACCAAGCACGGUCAGCUCUGUGAUCAGCAGCUGCCCAGGCCUGCUCUACCUCAACCUGGAGUCCUGCCGCUGCCUUCCCCGGGGUCUGAAGCGGGCCUACCGGGGCCUGGAGGAAGUCCAGUGGUGUCUGGAGCAGCUGCUCACCAGCCCCUCACCCAGCUAGGCAGCCACAGACCUGGGACACCUCAGCCAGCCUGCCCCCCUCACCUUUGCCCAAUUUCAGAUAUUUGAGCAUUUUGUUAAAAUAAAACGUUUUUAGAA